AUGGAGGCCAUCAAAGUAACACCUGCACUGACAGCUGCACGGAAGCCAUCUAUCGGGGAGACGGGGACAGACCUCGAGAAGUUUGAGUACUUUGAAAAGCUACCUUCCGAACUACGAAAUCGCAUUUACAAGAUAGUUCUCAAGCACAAGGGCCCCAUCAAGAUCAUCGACCCUCGAAAAGCUGGUGCCCGGCUCUCGACUUUCGCAGCUAUCUUGGCAACGAACAAGACUAUUCACUCAGAAGCAAAAGGGUAUCUUUACUCACUGAAUACCUUCACCUUUGGACGCCAAGAGAGUUUGGACGCUUUCAUUGAUCUUGUUGCCAAGGAAUAUCGUCUCUUCAUAACCUCAAUCGACUUAAUCGUCAACCCAUUACGUUGCAGUUACACCAGUUCAAGCGGUCUAGCUACGGAGUACUUUCACUCUAUGGUACAAGCCGAGCAGCUGGCGAAUCUCUGCCGCACUCUAUGCUUGAACUUCACAAGUGUUACGCACAUUACGAUUCGAACAAUUUUUUUCGACUGCACAAAAAGCAAUCGCAGCUGGUAUUCCCGUCCCAAAGUACACACUGGAAAUCUAAAUGGUGUAGCUGCUGCUUUUAGUCUCUUUUUAGAUGGUGUCAAUGGCGUGAAGACAAUGCAGGAUCUGAAGCGGCUGGCGUGGUGCCAUGGACAGGAUAAGGAUAAUUGGUUGGCGGAGACGAUCCAGCCCCACGAUUGGACAGAUCCUGGAAAUAUUCCAACUCUAGUCGAAGGACACCGCGCGGAACUGAAAGAUGAGAAUGGUGUUUACAAACCACUCUUGGUUUCUGAAGCUGAUCUGGAGGCUUAUUAUGAGAGUGUUGGUGGGGUGUGA